AUGGUGUUCGAGUACUGUGACACCUACACGUCCUCGGCCAACUUCCGCACCUACAUCCACAAUCACCUUGAAGGGAUCGCGCGCAAGAAUCCUCAUGUUGAGUUUGUGGUGAAGCAGAGACCAAACAAGGAGCCGGUCGUGCGGGGCUUCUAUAUCAACAACCGAGACAAGGUCAUCUGUCUCAAGGGCCUUGAGGUUAACGGCAUCGAGAAGAAGGUCGAGCUUCUCCUCGACUCCUCUGGCGCGAAAAUCAAGCCUCUCAAGAGGAGGAUAGUGGAGAGCCGAAACGAGGCGGCGAGAGUUAUCCAACAAACUCGCAUGCUGGCUGUGCUAGACACUCGUGUGCCAGGCAUGCACGAUUAG